AUGUGUCACGGGAAUGGGAUCAAGUUUGAACACUUUUCCUGUGGUUUCACUGACGCUGUGAGAAGGAACCAGAAUGCCAGUAAGCGGCCGGGUCACGGUGGCUGCCUGCACGGGCCCUCAGACCACCACGGCAGGAAGACUCAACAUUCAUCGCACGGACUCCGACGAAGAAGGCGCAAAAGCUCCGCGACCGCAAACCUGCAGCUGCCACGCGUUGUGACACCGAAGGGUAUGAUGGGUGUAGUGGGCUGGAUGUUGCUCCUACUCUCCCAGAUGAUGGUGCCUGUGGCGUCCCAGAAGCCUCCAGGUCUCAACGUGGGUGUGAUCAUGGGCGAGACGCGCCACAUUUCCGAUCAGGACCUCCGCCCACCUCGCCGCCCUGACGAUGCCCUUGACGUCUCCGUGGUCAUACUGAGGAUCAACCAGACAGACCCAAAGUCUGUGAUUACACAGGUGUGUGAGCUUCUGUCACGCACUCGUCUCCAUGGCCUUGUGUUUGCCGAUGGCACCGAUCAGGAGGCCAUUGCCCAGAUCCUUGACUUCCUCUCCGUUCAGACGCAGCUUCCAGUCCUGGGGGUCCACGGAGGCUCCUCUAUGAUUAUGGCUGACAAGGAUGAGAAGUCCACGUUCUUCCAGUUCGGCGCCGCUCUGCAGCAGGAGGCUCUGCUCAUGCUCGCCAUCAUGGAGGAGUAUGACUGGCAUGUUUUUUCUAUCGUCACUUCCAAGUUCCCCGGGUACCAGGCCUUCAUCAGCACACUGAAGAUAACGGUGGAUCACAGCUUCGUGCGCUGGGACCUGCAGAGUGUGGUGACUCUAGAUGCUGUAGAUGGCGACCCAAACUCUAAAUCACACAUUGCUCUCAAGAGAAUCCAGAGUCCUGUUAUACUGCUCUACUGCUCCAAGGAUGAGGCUGUGUAUAUAAUGGAGGAAGCUCGCUCCUUGGGCCUGAUAGGAGCCGGUUACAUUUGGAUCGUGUCCAGUCUCACCACUGGCAACCCAGACUUUACCCCUGAGAUGUUUCCCCUGGGGAUGAUCUCCGUGUCCUACGAUGACUGGGAGUACCCGCUGGACUCGAGGGUGCGGGACGGAGUGGGCAUCAUUUCCUUCGCAGCCACGUCCAUGCUGCGAGAGAAGGGGGAGCUGCCAGAGGCCCAGAGCAGCUGCUACAGCACAGCGUCAGACAGGAGCCCCGGGAAGCUCCCACCUAGCGCCCUGCGCAGACACAUGAUGCACGUAUGGAACGAGGGGCGCGACUUAUCCUUCACUCCAGAUGGUUACCAGGCCAACCCCAAAUUGGUUGUCAUCGUCCUGAAUAGUGAGAGGAAGUGGGAGAAGAUGGGCCGUUGGGAGAACGGGACGUUGUCUUUGAUGUUCCCGGUGUGGCCGAGGUAUAACUCCCACGGGGAUGAGGAUGCAGAUGAGAACCAUCUCUCCAUCGUCACACUGGAGGAGAAACCUUUCGUCAUUGUCGACAAUGUGGACAUCCUCACCGGCACCUGCAUGAGGAACUCCGUUCCCUGCCGAAGGCACGUCAAAAAUAACAGCACAGCAUCAGGAGGCUCCUACAUUAAGCAGUGCUGCAAAGGUUUCUGCAUUGACAUUCUGAAGAAGAUAGCGAGGAACGUCAAGUUCACUUAUGACCUCUACCUGGUCAACAACGGAAAACACGGCAAGAAGAUCAACGGGAUAUGGAACGGCAUGGUUGGAGAGGUGGUGUAUAAGAAGGCGGUGAUGGCGGUGGGUUCGUUGACCAUCAACGAGGAGAGGUCGGUGGCCAUCGACUUCUCCGUGCCCUUUGUGGAGACGGGCAUCAGCGUCAUGGUGUCACGUAGCAACGGGACCGUCUCUCCUUCUGCCUUCCUCGAGCCCUUCAGUGCAUCAGUUUGGGUGAUGAUGUUUGUGAUGCUGCUCCUCGUCACAGCCAUCGCCGUCUUCCUCUUUGAGUUUGUCAGUCCGCUGGGCUUCAACCGCAACUUGGCCCAAGGCAAAGACCCACAUGGUCCAUCAUUCACCAUCGGUAAAGCCAUAUGGCUGCUGUGGGGUCUGGUGUUCAACAACUCUGUGCCCGUGCAGAACCCGAAGGGCACCACCAGUAAGUUCAUCGUAUCGGUGUGGGCCUUCUUUGCCGUCAUCUUCCUGGCCUCCUACACUGCCAACCUGGCCGCCUUCAUGAUCCAGGAGGAGUUCGUGGACCAAGUCACUGGACUGUCUGACAAGAAGUUCCAGAGUCCAUACUCUUAUUCACCUCCAUUUCGCUUCGGGACGGUUCCUAACGGCAGCACCGAGCGCAACAUCAGGAAGAACUACCCAGAUAUGCAUCAGUACAUGACCAAAUACCAUCAGACUGGCGUCGUGGACGCGCUGGUCACCCUCAAGACUGGAAAGCUGGAUGCUUUCAUCUACGACGCCGCGGUGCUGAACUACAUGGCGGGCAGAGACGACGGCUGUAAGCUGGUCACCAUCGGCAGCGGCUACAUCUUCGCCACCACAGGUUACGGCAUCGCCUUGCAGAAAGGAUCCUACUGGAAGCGCCUGGUUGAUCUGGCCAUACUGGGCAUCAUAGGAGACGGUGAGAUGGAGGAGCUGGAGGCGCAGUGGCUGACUGGCAUCUGCCACAAUGAGAAGAACGAGGUGAUGUCCAGCCAGCUGGACGUCGACAACAUGGCGGGCGUCUUCUACAUGCUGGCCACAGCCAUGGGGCUCUCCAUCCUCACCUUCAUCUCUGAACACCUUUUCUACUGGAGGCUGAGAUACUGCUUCACCGGCGUCUGCACCGGGAGGCCAGGUCUGCUCUUCACCAUCAGCAGGGGUAUAUGGAGCUGUAUCCACGGCGUUCAUAUCGAUAUGAAGAAAAAGAAUCCGGAGCUGGACUUCAGUCCUCAAGCCAACAUGCUGCAUCUGCUCAAGUCUGCCAAGUCCAUGGCGUUGUCUUCUCCCAAACGCAACACUGUCCUCCUGCAGCCCAACAUCCUGGAUGUGAUGUCUGGGAAAGGUAACUCACUCCAGAGUCAGCCCCCGAAGGGUCCUGGUCUCUAUAGCAACGCCGCUGGUCCGCACAGUUUCUUGUCAUUGUCCGGACGACACAAAAACCUCCUUAACAAUGCUGCGCCAUUUCCCGUGCAACAGAAAGCCGCCUCUCUUUCGACCAGCCCCAACAAGCCCCAGCUGUCAAUCACCAACGACAACGGCAAGACCCGCCCCGCCGGGCUGGCCCUCGCUGCCGUUCCGCAGGGCUCCAAACCUCGAGCCCUGUGGAAGAAAAGCGUGGAGACACUGAAGACUCAGCCUACUGUCGUAUCUCCAGGCCCGAGCCCCACCCCAACAUCUGGAUCUGGACCUCCACAGAUGAAGAGCCAGCGCUACCUGCCUGAGGAACCGCCACACUCUGACAUCUCAGAGUGCUCCAGCCGGCCGCCAUCACACAAAGAUUCUGAUUCCAUGGCGGGGAGGGGCGGAUUCAAGCCUAUCAAUCAGCUGAGGAAGAGGGGAGGUGGAGGCGGGGGAGGAGGAGGAGGAGGGGGAGGCGGAAGCGGGGGCGGUGGAUCCAAGAUCUACUCCAUUGACUCAGACCAGGCCAGUCUCCAGUCCGCUCCCCCCUACCAGCGAGACAGCCAUGGGGGAGGUGACGACCAGAGUUACCCCCCUGACCUGUUUCCACCUGACAGCACAUACUCACACACUCACACGCUCUCCCACCAGGCGGACGCACCCAUUUUGCAGCUGAGCGCCAGCCUGCUGCACCACAGUCACAGCGCAGAGGCCGACCUGCACUCCCUGAAGGACAAGAAAUACAGCACCUACACACACAGCAGUGCGAAGGACAAAGCCGCCGGUUCAUUCGACGCUCCAGGUGCCGGACAGGGUACACAAAGCGUCAGGCCCGGCCACUGUCGCUCCUGCCUGACCAAGCUCAGCGGCUACUCCGGCCUUUACACUGUCCGCUCGCCACAGGCUCGCUGCGACGCCUGCGCCCACCUGGGGAACCUGUACGACAUCAGCGAAGACCACCUGCACUCGCACUACUCCCAAGCACACACUCACCCACACAGCGGGGACAUGUUUACACACUACCUUCCCCAGAGCGAGCUGGGCCUGGUGGGCGAAGGGGACGGGCUAGUCAGCCACUUCGAGCCCUCCCCUUCCUCCCCGUCUCUCGCCGCCUCCUCGUCGGCCCAGCACCUUCAGCUGAGUCGUCAGCACUCCUACGAGAACGUGCUUCCGGACGGCGUUCCCGAGCGGCAGUCGCAGCUGCACACUCACUUGCGGGGGCUGAGUCUGCCCGACAGAGAUAGGGAGAGGGAGCUGACCCUGGACGAGGGCGCCUAUGCUAAUGUUCUCACAAUGCGCUCUGAUCGUCCGUUCAGCAACCGCAGCCCGCCCUCACCGUCACCCUCCCACCACCACAGUCUGGACGCCCCUAUGCCCCUCCCACGGCGCUCAAAGAGCCUCUUCCCCGAUCGGCCCUCUCACAACCCUUUCCUCCAGUCAGCUCCUGGCACGACACAACGAGAUCCCUCCCCCCAGUCUGUCACACGCAUGCCGCAGAGAAGUUCCGCCCACGAGCUCUAUAAGCAGCGAAUGCCGCUGUCGCUUACCCUCGGUAACCACGGCAGCCAUCACAACAACCAGCAUGGCGGCCUUGUCGACCAACAGGUGUUCUACCCUCAGCAGGAGUCCCCCGUGGUGGCCUACAUGGUCCCACCCGCCGCCUCUCAGCCAAUGAGCUAUGUGACAGCGCCGCGAGCCUCGAGCGCAGGCAACAACAGGCCCCGGCUCUACCGCCGCAUGCCUAGCAUCGAGUCUGACGUCUGAGAGUCACACGCUAACACACUCACUGAAAACACACUAACACACACGCAUGCAAGACGGAGGUGUGUGUGACCGGACUGGGCAGCUCUGAUUCUAAGCACAUACACAGAAACACACACCAACACACACACACACACACAGGUGAAAGACGGGAAGCUCUGGACUAAAAGGUUAAUGGCGAUGCUGAGUAAAUAAAUCAUUGUUUCUUUAUCACACCCUCUAUAGGGCAGGGUUGGGGCCACAGGGACACCUGGAGGCACAAUACAAGAUGAAGAGUGUGUGUGUGGGUGUCAGUGUGUGUGCGCUUGCCUCAAGCUGUGGGCAACGAGGCACAAACUGACAAUACGUCUGACAAGACAGAUCGAAUCCCCGGUGGAAUAAAGAGGGACACUGAACACGGAGUCUAACGUCAACAGUGGGGAGCUGAUGGAAGAUAGAGUGUGUUUGGAAGAGGAGCCGACUUGUCCCGCCCUCUCACCAGCCUCUUGGAGAUGAAGGGGACACACAGAAAACCCCUUUCUUUCUGAGAUUACACACACACACACACACACAUAUUUCAGCUAAACACACCCGCCCCUCUCCAGGACUCUCCUGUUGCACUAUGAUUUCUCCAGUCAACCCGUAUGUUGUCUGAGCCUCCAAACUGCACUGCCAGCAUGGCUUAAAGAGUAGUAAACUACACUAGAGUAAUCCUCGACUUGAAUGGAAAUUACUAUCUUUGUAUUAGACCAGACUGGGAGGCGGGCAGCUCUGGUCGGGACGCAGGUAGAGAAUCAGCUCCCGCCCGCAGAUGUACAAACACUCGAACACACACACACACACUGUGUCUGUUUUUAGGGGAGGGGGGCGUAAAAACUACCGACUGUUUGUUAUUGUUGAUGUCAGUUAAUUGAACAUUCCAAAAAGUGGACCAAACGUGGCCGCCAGUAUCAGGACGAGAGUGUGUGUUCUAGUGUUUCUAGAUCUAGAGACAUAACAGUAUAGCAUCCUUGCUUCCUCUCUUAGCUAGCCUUCAGGUCAUACUGCAUGCUUCCUACUGCCCUGUGUUACAGUUAAACUCCUAUACAGGGUCAUAUAUGCACACACACGCGCACACACACGCACAUGCACAUACGCAGUAGUCUAGGAUAGUAGUUUAGGGUGGGUGUGUGUGUGUCGAAGCUAUGAGAUAGCUUCUCUUUGUGCACUUUGUAGAUUUUAUACCCUGCCACCUAACACAGACGUUUGACCAAAAACACUUUUAUACUGAAAAAUAUGAAUAUUCUCAAACAUUCGCUGGAUAGAUGUUUUCUCUUAUUUCUCUUUGACAUUGGGUUUUAGGGCACCGUUAAGUUUCCAUUGUGAGGUCAGAAGUUUUACAGUGUUAGAUAAUAAUGGGUACAGCAUCAUACAGUAUACACAACGACUCUUUCUAUUCUUGUUUUAUAGUGCUCAUCCCUCCUUCUAGCCUUCCCUUCUUCCCUCAUCAGCUUUUGUUUAUUCUCUUUAUUGUCUUUUUGCUCCUUCCUUCUAUUAUAGAGUAGAUUGAGUAUCAGAAGUUCAGUCGUGGUGUUUUAAAAUUCAACAUAUUGUUGGAAAUCACUUUAUAUCGGUAGUCGUAAGAGUUCCUCAAAUCCAACACCGGCUCUCGUAGGACACAGAUUUUUUCUUUUUACAAAUGAGUUUUUAUGUCGAACAAAAGACUCGAGGCCCGUUUUAAUGUUUCCGUAGUGAAUUUAGAGGCUUCACUGUUUGAGAUUUACUCAUCAAAUUAAUACUCCUGGACGAGCGUCAAAAUAGCUGGUGCUUGUGUGGCUGCUCUCUGUUGGCGAGAACACGGCGCUGUGUUUCAGCAGAGAGCAGAGUCACGUGGCGAAGCAGAGAGUUUUGCAAAGUGACUCGUUACAGAGGCAACACUCACACACACACACACACAUGCACACACUCGACGAGCUGGCAACGCGUGUAUGAGUGUUCUAGAAAUCCAUAAUCUACUGAGUAAGGGCAUUGAUUUUUGAGCACACGGAUUUUGAUGGAAAAAAGACUUGAUAUCCCAUUAGCUGAGCGUCUGUCUCUAUACUCUUUCUAUUCUCUCUCUCUCACACACAUAUCUCUCUAUAUAUAUUGGCUGCAAAAAAUGCAAGACAGUUUGACGAAACACAUUUUUGAUCGGUGAACGCUGCCCCUCUUUUGGUCAACUUAACAGGUUUGGUGUGUGAGUUAUAUGCACAAUAUCAGGUUGCAAUAUUAUACUUCUGUACAGAGAAAUCUUUGUUUUAAAUGUUAGAAAACUGAUUUCAUUUGUUUGAUUUGAAUGGUAUUAAGUGUUGAGUUCAUUUCAAUGACAACGUGGCUUUUUAUUCUGCUUCUUUAAGGAAAAAACAAAAAAAGACUGGCAUGUUUUUAGAUUCUUGUGUGAUUUAUUUUUCCUCUGGUGUGUUGUUGGUUGGGACCUCACUGUACAGUCCUCACUGCUGGGUUAACUAGACUAGUUAACCAUCCCCGUCAGCUCAACAGUUAACUAGCGACACGUAGCUGGGUCUCUUCAUCUGAAUCACACUCAAUGAAUAAUGAUAGUCCAGCCUGUGUGGUUAAAACGAACCCCCUCCCACCCACAUAGUUCUCUUCCACUACGAGUCUGCUGUUUCACCUCUGAGUGUGUGUGUGAGCAAGUGUGUGUUUUACACCGUGCAGGCAUUUAUAUAAGACAGAGGCUGAUGUGUGUAUCAAGAGGUUGUUUGUGGUGUGCGUGUGUGUAUACUUUUCUGUACUCUCUUCGGUUCGUCCCACACAUAACAUUUGACCCGGCUCUUACUCAUAUAACACAAAUACAGCUACACGAACACACACACACACACACACACACACACACACACACACACUUUGCGUCUGUACUGUCGUGGUUAAGAGAGCAUGUAGACUGAGUUUUGUAAGUCCACCAUCACACCGAUUUUUACACCAACCUUUUGUUUGAUUUCUUUGAGUUUUUUUAAAUUGCAUGACGUGCUUGUGUUUCUGGUGGUACCUAUUUUGCUGCAACACCUGAGUUCUCCCUGAGUUGACCCACCGAGGCUACGGGCACCAACGUUCCCCUCCACCCAUGGUUAGUCCGUGCACCGCAUCUGACUGGAGCCCCGUACGCUUAAACACUCCCGACUCCUGGCCUGUGAUGUCACCAAUAUGGCGCCCAGCUGGCUCCUGCACAACGCCAGUCGCCGUCGAGGAACGUGUGGCAAAACGUUCCCAGGCUCAGCACAGUUCUCAGAUUUGGUCCAGGUGUCCAGGUAUUAUAUAGAGUACUGGGUGGAAGGAGUGCGUUGGUGUGUAGUCCUCCGGGUCUCCCUGCCGUGUAUCUCACUUGUGUAUAAGUUCAGGGGUUUCUAAGCUACUAGUUGUGUUGUAAAUACUACCUUGUCACUCAGUACCUCUGUACAAUCUGUAAAUAAGUAAAGGUUACAUUUUUGUACUUGU